CGAGCAUAAUGUCAACAAGAGGUGGAUUUGUCCGACUUACGCUGCUCGUGACGGUGUCCGUGUUCGCCCUGCUGCUGAUCCUCAACGCCCUGCAGCGAUCGGAGCAGCUGGUACCGACCCGGGCCGCCGUUGCCCCGAAGGAGCCAAAGGCCACACCGCCGCCAGUGCAGGUCGUGUCGGAGCCCAUCAACGAGGAUCUCGUGCGGCAGCUGGAGCAGGAGCUGCCCGAAGUCGACUACGGCCUGUGGUAUCGCGCCGCCAAGCCACUCAACUACAAGGUGAACGCCAGCUGUGCCCACUAUCCGGAUCCGCUGGACCUGCACCUGCACAACAUCUACUGGCAGACGUUCCUCAACGGCAAUGUGACCUUCCGGCUGUAUGCCGCCUACCUGGACCAGCGGGCGGCCGUGAAGAGCCGCACGGUGCGCAUCCUGGCCACGGCCAACCAGAUCGGCGACGCCUUUCCGGCCACCCACUGCCAGCUGUGGUACGAGGGCCACCGGGAGCCCAUCUUCGUGCGGGUCAGCGAGUUCCUCAGCGUCUGGGUGAAGAGCUGGGGCCACCAGCCGCAGCUUAGCUACCCCCACCUGCUGAGUUGUCCGGUGCCGACGGCACUGCCGCCGAAUAUCUUCGACUCGCUGCCCCGCACCGUGUCCCUGGUGGCGGUGCCCUGCCACACGGCCAGCAACUCCCUGAGGGUGCACUAUGAGCUGCCCAAGCCCAGGCCGAUCGGCGCCACUUCCGCCGCCAAUGCGACAAGUGCGACGAGUGCGACGAGUGCGACCAAUGCCAGUGCGCCGCUGAGCUUUGGGGUGUGCCUCAAGGGCUUCGACUUUCCGUAUGUGGACCUGUCGGAGCGCCUGAUCGAGUGGUUCGAGCUGCAGCGACUGCUGGGCGCCACGCGGGUCUACGCCUACAUGUACGACGUGCAUCCGGCGGUGCAGCGGGUGCUGGACUACUACCAGCGCACCGGAUACCUGGAGCUGCGGCCCCUGACGCUGGCCAACGGCAUGCCGCGGCUGCGCCACUACCAGCACAUGCUGCUGCAGCAGCGGCGGCUGGUGAAGCGGCUCAACGAGCUGAUACCCUACAACGACUGCUUCUACCGCAACAUGUACCGGCACGACUAUCUGCUCAAUGUGGACGUGGACGAGGUGAUUAUGCCGCUGGGCGAGCAGCGCUCCUGGCAGCAGGUGGUCGAGCGCGCCCACCAGCUGGAGCGGGCCAAGGGGGGCAAGUGCAGCGGCCGCUUCACCUCCCUGUGCAUGAUCAAUGCGUACUUCACGCGGGUGGUGCCCGAGGCACACAACCACGAGGAGCAGGAGGCCGGCGAGCUGUACGUGCUGCAGCACACGCUGCGGCAUCGCAACCACUCGCUGGCCGGUCGUGCCACCAAGUGCUUCCACAACACUCGCUACUCGCUGACGCUGCACAAUCACUUCACGCUCAAGUGGCUGGCGGGCGCCUGCAGUCCGCGCACCGUCGACACGACGGUGGCCCAGAUGCAGCACUACCGCGAGCCGGACAAGAAAUACGAGCUCACCGAUCUGGUGGAGGAUCGCAGCGCCUGGCGGUAUGCCGAUGCAUUGCGCGCCGCCGUCGAGCAGGUGUGGCUGCACCUGGACGAUGUGCAGGGCCAGAGCGGCGAUGCCGAGGAGCAGUCAGCGCUGGAGGAGGCGCUCGUCGAGGAGCAGGAGACGGAUCUCGAGCAGCAGCAGCAGCAGCAGAUGAUGCUCCAUCCCCCAGUGCCCGUCGCCCAGAAAUAGUUCACGCAGUAUCACAACCCUC